AAAAAAAAAAAAAGAAAGAAAAUUCACCAUGUCCCAAUUCUCCCCCAAUGUUUAUCCCUGGCCGACCCAGCCACCGCCCUUGGUUCCUCUUACCGAUCACAAGAACCCUUACGAUCUCAACCACAAUAUCAUGCUUACAGCCAUCAUCUCUUUAUCCGUUGUCAUUCUCCUAGUCAUUGCUCUACAUAUUUACGCUCGCUGUGUCCUCCAGCGCCAGGCCCGUCGCCGGGCUGCUAUCCAUCAACUGGGGUUCACUGCGGCUCAUGCGCCCUCCGGUGAGCCACCCAGCCAGGGGCUCGAACCUUCUGUCAUCGCCAUGUUACCUAUGUUUGUGUUCAAGCAAGUCGACAAUAGUACUGAUGAUGAUGGCAACAACACCACUACGGAGUGCGCGGUUUGUUUGUGCACUUUAGAAGAUGAAGAAAUGGCCAGGUUACUUCCCAACUGUAAGCACACUUUCCACGCAGAGUGUGUUGAUAAGUGGUUCGGUUCACACUCAACAUGUCCCAUUUGCCGGACUGAGGCGCAGCCGCGACCCCAGCCAGAGCCCCGGGAGGGUCCGGUGGGGGAUUCAUCCACGACUCCGCCGUUGGAACGCAUUGGUUCGGUGUCUUUAUGCUCGGAAGGAACGUCGGAUUGUGCUGCCCAGCCCUCUCCUAAAAUCGGUGGGUCUAGUUCGAGGCUAAAUUCUUUUCGGAGAAUUCUUAGCAGGGAAAGAUCGUCUAGAAGAGUUCAUUCUUGUGGGCAAGAAGAUGGUAUAAUAGACUUAGAAAGACAGUGAUUCGUUAUUAUAGGUAAAUUAUAGCAUAUUCAAUUUUACAUUUUCAUACAUUUUCUUUUUGUUUUUAAUAAUUUCAAGUAAAAAAUCCCGUUACAGA